ACACAUAACUCGUCGUGAAGUUCAGCGUUAUUAAAAUACACGAUGGUGAUGUUUAUGUUUUUUUGUUAGCAUGUUUUAAUCGGUGGUUUCGUUUAUAUAGAUUAGUAGGUACUGUGUCUUUAAAGGAAAGUCUACUCGAUCACGACAUCACUCUAUUGCCUUUGCCUCGCCAUGUGGAUCGUUUAAAGAGAUUUAGCGAACAGGGCAUCGCUGCUUUAUAUGAAAAUGACUAGCCUUGCCGCUAAAGAUGCGUACCUACAAAAACUAGGAAGCAAAGUGUGUGCCGAGCAGAAACAACAACUACGCAAAAGGCCAUUUGUUCCGUACAGGGGCGGGGAGGCAGGCCAGCCCAAGACGAAAAAGAAGAGCAGACAGAAACCUCUGAGAGGGAAGAAGUUUGACUUGCAAGGGAAGCUGCUGCCGCCGUCUGCUGCCUCAACCGCAGUGAAAGCAGGGGAGAAAGUGGCAGCCAAGCCUGCACAGAAUGGAGCUCCCACACCUGUACAAAGUGGAGACGCCAAGCCCAGUGCUAAUGGGACGCCAGCAAAAGGUGUAAAGACGGCCCCCAGUUCCUUCUUCGCUGUAGAUAUUUUACGGCAGAGACUGCAUGAGAAAAUCGAGGAGACUCGUGGCCAUGGGAAUGCUAAGGGGCUGUCUGCUGAAGAACUGGAGAGGAAACGCUCAAGGAGGAAGCAGGAAAGAGACCGGAAGAAGCGCAAGAGAAAGGAGAUACGAAGGAAGCAGCUUGCAGAAAAAGAGGCUGGAGAAAUAAAAGCAGAAGAAGAAGAAGAGGACAAAGACCCCCAGAAUACAGCAGGAACGGCCAAGCCGGAGAGCACAUUUGUUUUCAACAAGGUGGACGUGGGGGAUGAGAUCGCCAGCAAGACUCUGCAGAAGAAGCAGAAGAAGAAGAGCGUCAAGGGCAACCUGACGCCGCUCCUCGGAAAGAAUUACAAGCAGCUGCUGAGCCGCGUGGAGGCCAGGAAGGCCAAGCUGGAGGAGCUGAGGGGCAAAGACGAGGGCAAAGCCAAGGAGAUGGAGGAGAAGAUCAAGUGGACCAACGUGCUGUACAAAGCAGAGGGGCUGAAGAUCAAGGACAACGAGGAGCUGCUGCGGGCCUCCCUGAAGAGGAAGGAGAAGAGCAAGGCGACAAAGAAGCAGCGCUGGGGUGAGCGCACGGAGCACGUGCUGGAGAAGAUGCAGCACCGGCAGGACAAGCGGAGGCGCAACAUCCAGAAACAGAAGCAGAGCAAGAGCGAGAAGCGCAAGGACAAGGCGCGCAAAAAGGGCAGGGUGCUGCCUGAGGAUCUGAAGAAGGCAAUAUGAGAGCAGGAGCGGGGGGGGGGGGCAUAACGCUGGAUUGUAUGUUUUAUAUGUAUGUAUCAUACAUUUUUGGAAAGGUUGAUUCUUUUUUCCCCCUUUGUGUAACAAUCAGUAUUCAAAGUCAUGUAGGGUUGAUUGCCCCAGUCUGAAAAAAAAGAGUUUCAUGCUAAACUAGGAUGAGUUAAUCUGGGAUUAUGUUUUAAUCUGGGAUUACAGACUCUUUAACCUUGGGUUCAUUUUAAACAAGGAUUAAAUAUAAAACCAUUUUAAAGUUUUGUGCAACAUGAUUCAAAUAUAGUCCUUGCUUUAAUCUGGGUUAGUGGUUAACGGUGGUGCAGUUGGAUUUAAAACUACCUGCAUUUAGUUUAAGAACAUGCAUCAGAUAAUAUAUGAAAAGGACUGGGAUCCAGUGUAUCUGUGCAUGACCUCAGGCAUUGUUUAAAUAAUAUCAAUAAAAUCUUGCAGA